UGGGAAGCCAUUUUGGAAUUCUGUACUAGCGAUUGAGAAUAGCAGUGAUACGUUAUAAACUUUUAACCAUUCUGAAAACGCAUAGCCAGAUACCUUGAGGGCUCAGGAGCUGGGACCUAAUCACUGGCUUUAAAACGCGUUGCAGAGCAAUUCGUGUUACACCGUGGUUUGAUAUUGUUUUCCCGUCUGGAUUAAAUUCAGAAGCAAUAUAAAACAGAUGGGCUGAGUGACACUGCUGUAUGGGCAAGUGAAAACAACUUGAUAUGAUAUAAAGGAAUGACCAUGGAUUAUUCUCGACUACAUACAUAUACGCCUCCGCAGUGUGUGCCAGAGAACACUGGCUACACCUAUUCACUCAGUUCGAGCUAUUCAUCUACAGCUUUAGAUUUUGAGAACAAGCACAAAUUGCAUCCAGUCUUUGAGUCUCCGAAAAUGUCGCGCCGUAGUUUACGUCUCACGACUGGACAGUACUCGGAUGACAGCUACUUGGACACCAGUAACAGCAGCAUUUCCUACAGUGGGAAAUACAGAGAGUCCAGAAGCCGAAAACAGCACCGAAGUACAAGCAAGCAGUCUGCAUUGCUUCCACAGCCCCCUCCCAGGAACGCCAUGUCUAAUAGUUCAUUAACACACAGCAGCUUUCACAGCUGUGCCAGUAACAUGUCCUCAAUGUCCAGCGUGCUGCAAGAGUCCUCCAUACAGGAGAGGACGGUCAUGGAUAGCUUUUGGGGUCUGGAUGAGGAUGGCAAUCUCAAAGACGCAACAGUGAUGAUGGCAAACGGUGACAUCGCUACAGCUGAAACGCAGGCUUCCAUGAUCAAUGGUUAUACCUGCAAUGAGUGCACAAUGCUGUCUGACAGGAAGGGUGCCCUGACAGCAUAUAGCUCCUCCAAAACAGCCUCUUCAACAGCUGUAUACAGCACGGACAAGGGCAAAACGUCAAGUAUCUUCCAUUUAUUCAGAGAGCAAUUUCUGAGUACAAUCAAGCAUGCUGUAGCAUUUGUAGCCUCAUUGAUAAUGCAGCUUAUCCAAAAUGUUCUUUUGAAGAUUGGGUCUGAACAAAAAGCUCACUCAAGUUUUUGUGGAAGUAUGAAUGUCAAAGAUUUGGUGAUGGGUGAUGCACAUCUCGGAUUAAAUGGGUCGUUGUGUGAUGACUGUAAGGGGAAGAAGCACCUUCAAACUCAGCAGGUCCACCUGCAGACUUCAAGAUUUAACCGUGCCGCACAGACACUGUGGCACAUCCUUUCUUACACAGGCUACUAUUUGCUCCAGGCAGUGUGGACUGUUGCUCCUGCAGGCUGGCUUGUGACCAGGAAGGUCUUGUCUGUUCUGUGGUUGGCCAUUGUAUCUCCAGGGAAGGCAGCUUCUGGGGCCAUGUGGUGGCUGGGGACUGGAUGGUACCAACUUAUUACAUUGAUGUCCCUCCUCAAUGUGUUUGUCUUAACAAGAUGCCUUCCGAAAUUAUACAAGCUCUUGCUGCUGUUGAUUCCCUUUUUGCUUUUGCUUGGUUUGUGGUACUUUGGCCCAGCCAGCUGGUUGUCGUUGCUGCCGAUGUUAAGCAGGUCUGAGAUGCAGGCUUCACUGGAAGACACAUCGUCAUCCACACCAGUGGAGGAAUCUGUAGCCACUGGCAAUGUGCAACCAAGUACAAAGUCCCCUCGACAUGCUUCACAGAGUGGGGCACACUUCUUUGAUUCUGGCCGCAUGGUUAGUUUGGAAAGGCAGCUGGCUCUGCUGUCUGACAGGUGUGACAGAAGCAGCAGGCAGUAUGACGAGAGGCAUGGUCAAGUCAUGGAACUUUUUCACCAACUCCAGGAACAGGUCUCUCAGAUGAGCGAUAAAGAGGGCAUGUCUGUGUGGAUCAAUAACCUCUUCAACCAACACAUGAGCAGUACGAGAGAGCCGAGAGGAGAAGGGACUGGACAGCCACAGAGUGAGUUUUUGAUGUUGCAUCAGGGCCAUGAAUCGCGCAUCCUUGAACUGGAAAAACUCCUUCAGAUAAUUGCUGCCAAAGCAGAGGGGCAGAAACAAGAAUACACCAAAGCCGCCACUUUUGAUGGACAGAGUGAAGACCAAAGCAAUCUGCUGUCUGAGGUGAAACGUCUGGAGCUGGAGCUCCAUCAGAUCAAAACAGACCUGCUCCGAGUGCAGAGCUCUCCACCUGUCUGUGAAGGACUGGCUUCAAUUAGAGAGACGGUUGAUACUCAGAUUAAGGAAUCUGUUAAACUGCUGAUAUUUGGUAAUAAAGAUGAAGAAAUGUCCGAGUCCCUCCUGCAGUGGCUGUCAACGCAGUUUGUGAAGCAAAGCGACCUUCAGGGAUUACUGAUGGGUAUAGAGAUGAAGAUACUGAAGAAUAUCACCAUGUACAAGAGUAAAACCAAACUCAUGCCAACUGCUGAAGCUGUGACACAUGCUGUUCACAGUGCAGGGGUUGCUGGAAUGACUGAGGAGCAAGUACGUGCAAUUGUGACUAAUGCAUUGAGGCUGUAUUCUCAAGACCAGACUGGCUUGGUGGAUUACGCCUUGGAGUCUGGAGGUGGCAGCAUCUUGAGCACUCGCUGUUCUGAGACCUACGAAACCAAGACUGCCCUGAUGAGUCUCUUUGGAAUCCCACUUUGGUAUUUCUCCCAGUCUCCCAGAGUGAUAAUACAGCCUGAUGUUCACCCAGGAAACUGUUGGGCUUUCAAAGGAUCCCAAGGUUACCUGGUAAUCCGCCUCUCUCUCUCAGUCUACCCCACCUCAUUCUCCUUGGAGCACAUCCCCAAGUCACUGUCUCCCACCGGCACUAUCAGAAGCGCACCAAAGGAUUUCACUGUCUAUGGUUUGGAAGAUGAGUACCAAGAGGAAGGGAAGCUACUGGGACGGUACACAUACAAUGAAGAUGGAGAUUCACUUCAGACUUUUCCCAUUCAAGAAGAAAACGACAAAGCUUAUCAGAUAAUAGAAAUGAGAGUGCUUUCCAACUGGGGACACCUUGAGUACACCUGCCUGUAUCGCUUCAGAGUGCACGGGGAGCCUCGUUUAGAAUAAACUGCACUGGACCUGUUCUCUUGUUUUUGUAUAUUUUUUUCUGUAUAUACUGGAAGAAUGGAGAUUAUAUUUGUGGACAUUGGGGGGGGGUGAUUGCAGAGGAAAAACCAAAAAGGAAGAAACACAAAAAUGGCAAAUUUUGCUAUAUGAAGCUGGAGAGUUCACUGCUCUUAUGGUUUGUGUUACUGGUACUUACUACUUCUACUUAUUUCUGUACUGAAAGCUACAUGCAGCUCCGUAAAGUAGAUUUAAUGCCCGCAGCUAAGGGAUAAACUUAACCACUAUUUGAAUUCAAGCCCAGAAACCUAUGUGCACUGCUUAUGUGUCUGUUUUGGUAUUCAAUACUCCUCUGUGUGGCAGCUGGGCAUUCCGUUGCUAGAGAAUGUAACAUAUUAAAUACGGUUUAUAUUAGAAGUAACCACAUACCUGUACUGGUGAAGAAAUACAAAAUAUAUACCUUGGCCAGAAAGUGGCAAAAGGGGGAGACCAUGAUACUCUACCCCCAAUACUGUUAAUACUACUGAUCACUUUUUCUGUCUAUUGUAAUGCAUAUAGUUUUAUGAUGUAUAUGCAAUCCUAUUGGGCCUACAGCUACUGGCUGCCAGUUUAUAAUCUUUUUGGCCUGUGUGCAGUUUUGUUGACAGCAAGAGGCUCAUGUAGACUAAUAAUAGAAUGCAGGCUGCCAUAAUAUUGUGGUUUUUAGGGGCAGAUUUGUAACUUUGUAUAAAAUUGUUAAUAGUUUUUUUUUUUGUGUGUUCUUAAAGUCUGUCAGUGUUGGUCAAAAUGUAACCCUUGCUUUUUUGUAUUGUUUUAUUUUAUUUUUUUUACUUAAAAGGCUGAAGGACACUCAGUUUUCACUUGUUAUAUGUUGCACAACAGUCCUAGAAAAUGUUCAAAUGGUUAACUCACUGUUUUUUGAGGUAGUGAGCUGUUAAGUUGAAAGUUGGUUUUAUAGGGUAUGUAUGUAAAGGGUUAGCUUAUAUAAAGGACAAACAUAUCUGCUGUAAGGUCAAGUUAUAUGGGAAAGGGGACAUUUAUUCAAGGACUUUUGUGCAGUGUAUUUUAAGAUCUUUUUUUAUUUUUUUUUGCUGUCGUAAGAUUAGCAAAGAGCUAUGGAAUUGUUCAAAUAACGAGUUUAAUUUGAGAGCUGGUGCAUGUAAUAUUUAAAACCAGUAAUAAAUGGUUAUUUUUC